CCGAGACAAUGUGCGCGCGCGCCUCUGGUACGACUUGCGCAGUGAACGGCCAGGUAUGAUCUCCCAACCUCUGGACCAAGGGUGGUGUGCUGCGGAUUGGGUUAUGAGCACAGUUCAGGUGGCUACAGAUCGUCUCAUGAUGGUGUCCAAUGGCGAGGACCGAACUGUCCUGUCACCCCAACACCUCCUCAGCUGUAACGAGAAGAACCAGAGAGGAUGCGAUGGUGGACACAUCUCCAGAGCAUGGAGUUUCAUUCAGAAGUUUGGUUUGGUUCCCGACGAGUGUUACCCCUGGGUCGGCCAAAGGACCUCCUGCACCGUAUCCAAGAAAGCGGACAAGAAGCGCACCAUGGCGCGGUGUGCCUCGGGCAAUACCAUGAGACCUCUGCACCGAACAGGACCUGCCUACAGGAUCUCGACAGAACCAGAGUCCAUCAUGCAUGAGAUCCUCACUUCUGGACCUGUCCAAGCCAUAAUGCGAGUCUCCCAGGAUUUCUUCAGCUACCGAAGUGGUGUGUACAGAUGUGGCCCACUCUCUCGCAACGCAAACCCCAGUGCCAAUAACUUCCACUCUGUGAGGAUCGUGGGCUGGGGAGAAGAGUCCCAACAGGGCAGGCUUGUCAAGUACUGGAUCGUCUCCAACUCAUGGGGUACAUGGUGGGGCGAGAACGGCUACUUCCGCAUCGUCAGGGGAGUGAAUGAAUGCGAGAUAGAGAGCUUGGUGAUGGCAUCCUGGAUCAACCCAAUUGUUCCGAAGAAGGAUCCUUCCAUGCCGAAGAUGGACAGCACCAACAUGAUCCUCAACAGUUUGUCGUAGACUGUCACCAAGAGAACAAGAUCGCUUUGAGAAUCUCAACUACUGAGACGCGGGCGUAUUUGCAUUGGGUUUCCGAUUAAAAUCUGGCCGUAUAGAUUUUCUAUUUGUUUUUACACUUUAAACUCUAGUUCAGGUAAUUUUAAGUUGUCUGUGUCAGCAUUAUUUUGUUUUAGUUGAACUGUUCGUAUUUUUUAUUUCCUCCAUGUUUUAAAAUAAACUGCCCAAUGUAUCUGAAAGAAAUGGCACUUAAGUACAAUGUUGGCAAUAUCAAAGCCGAAAUGUUACUGUAUAUAUUUAUAUAUAUAUAAAACAAUUAUGUUACGAUGUGUUUUUAGUUGUGUAAGAGUAAUUAUUGUGUUCAAUUAAUUUAUAGCCUACUAGACCAAAAAGUAGCCUAUACUCUUUUUCCUUCAGAAUAUAUUUCCUUUAUGUAAUUAAUUGUAUAUUGCUUAGUUUCGUGUUCUUAGUCUUAUGUACAGUGUAUGUUGUAGUUCUUUCCCUCUAUUUUUAGCAAUUUUUAAACUUUAUCUGUUCAAUAAUGGCUGUGUUAAUUGAGGUAUCUUUAUAACAUAAUGUUGUUCACUGCCUUGUCGUUAUAACAGAUUACAGCAGCUACAAUAAAUUAUGUUCAUGUUUC